AUGCAGCUGUGCGGCCGACAGAAGCUAGUCCAGCGCAAGAUGGUGCUACUAGGCGACGGAGCCUGUGGCAAGACAUCAGCGCUGAACGUGUUUACACGCGGUUGUUCUCGGCUUAUGCGCCCAGAUAUCUUUGUCGAUAACAUACACGUUGAGCUUUCGCUAUGGGAUACUGCCGGCCAGGAGGAAUUCGAUCGCCUGCGCGCGCUGUCGUAUGAGGAUACCCAUGUGCUUAUGCUCUGCUUUAGUGUCGACAGCCCAGACUCAUUCGAGAACGUCUCGUCGAAAUGGAUCGCGGAAAUUAAUGAGAACUGCCCUGGUGUGCGGGUUGUCUUGACGGCGCUGAAGUGCGAUUUGCGCAAAGACGAGGACCUCAAUGAUAACCCGAAUGCUAUUAGCUUUGACCAGGGUCUGGCGAAGGCGAAGGAAAUCGGUGCCGUGAAGUACUUGGAAUGCUCGGCCGUGCAAAAUCGCGGUAUCAGAGAGAGCUUCUAUGAAGCUGCCAAGGUUGCUCUUGAGGUCAAGCCCGCUGGGGCUUCGGCUUCCGGCUCUUCAUGUGUCAUCCAAUGA